AUGUCGCGAGACGAGACGCCGCUGGUGCGCGAUGUACCAGACGAGGAGGCGUACACCUACGUCCAUCGCGUCUUCCUCCAAUCCUUCUUCACACAUGGUGUCAUGACAGUGGACGAGAUCAAGCCGGUGCUCGCAGCCAUCAUGACCGCACACAACCCCGAGCGCCCAUUCCCAGAGGGCGACGUGACCCAGCAGGGCCUCAUAACGCCCCUAAUCCAAACCAUCAACGCCAAACUCGAGCCCUACAACUUCGAGAUCCGCCACGCACGCGACCAAACCACCAAAGUUACCACCUACGCCCUGAUCAACAAAACCUCCGAUUCACUCACGCAGCUCGCAACCCGCUUCAGCGCCAGCGAAAUCGCCUACAUCCGGCGCCUGCUAGACGCCAUGUUCGACACGAACAACACACCGACGCGGGAGAUCCUAGCGGUGAAGCAAAUGGACGCCUCGCAGCUCGCGCGACCACGGCGAGCGCGCCAAAGCCAAGCAGCCAACCUAGCAGACGAGCACGAAGCCUCGUCGCAAACCGCCGACACAGGCAUCACCAUGGCCGAAGCAGACCACGUCCUCGACGCGCUGGUCGCAGACCAGUUCCUACGCUUGUCGCGCGCAAAGUACUACUCCCUCGCCCCGCGCGCGCUGAUGGAAUUACACUCGUAUCUCAAGGAGACGUACAACGAGGAAGCCGCCGCCGCCGACGACGACAACGACGACGACGACAACAACGAGGAGCCGACGAUCCGCAUACGCGACUGCGAAGGGUGUAGGGAGAUAGUGACGUUUGGCAUACGCUGUAACAACCGCGAGUGUGGCGUGCGCUGGCAUGAUGGCUGUGCGAAUCAGUAUUAUCGCGGGAAGAGCAGCGAGGGGAAAAAGUGCCCCAAGUGCAAGACGCUGUGCUCGGGAAACGUGUACGUGGGGGAGAGGGCGGAUAGAGUGCAGAGUAGAAAUAGUCGACAAGGGGAGAUGGAGGGAGAAGAAGAGGACGAUUGA